UGGCGCUGUUCCUCCCAGCCUCAGCGUAGGAAGGGGUUAAACUUGGAGUUGUUGUGAGCUUUUGGCAGCGGUCUGGUGAGGGGGGCUCCUCUGGUGACUGAAGCCACAGCCAAUAGAGAAGGCGCAUCCCUUCCCCCUUUUCUUUCCCUCCCUCCCUCCCGAGAGCGGUGCAGCUGAGGAAAGCGAGAGAAGCCCUUCAUAGAGAAUAAUUCCUCCGCCUCCUCCUCCCGGGAUCCAGGGCGUAGUGUACAUGUCUCAAGCCGGACCUCGCAGCAGCCUAGGCGGAGGGCGCUGCCGCCCAUCUCCCUGAGCAGCCUGCCCCGCACCCCCAGGAUUUCUGUGCACGUUUAUGUCCCCGGCUUAGGCGGGGAAGCCGCGAUCGCCUCGUUAUUGGAUUCGUGUGGAUUGCUCUUUUAUUGCUAUGUCAUCCGCCACCAUAGCCUCCUCCCGGAGACAGUCCUGCUACUUAUGUGACUUGCCGCGUAUGCCAUGGGCUAUGAUCUGGGACUUCACCGAGCCCGUGUGCCGAGGCUGCGUCAACUACGAAGGAGCGGAUCGGAUCGAGUUCGUCAUCGAGACGGCCCGGCACUUAAAGCGGGCCCAUGGCUUCCAAGAGGGUAGGUCCCCGGGGCCCCCUAGCUCCUCGUCCUCUAGCAGCUCCUCGGUCAAGCCUCAGCUCACCGUCAAGGAGAUGGCGCAGAUCGGCCACACGGUGGGGGGGCCAGAAGGCGUCUCUAGAGCCUCCCAGCAGCCUCCUCCGCCGCAGUGCCUGGACCGCUACCCGCUGGUGGGAGAAAGGCCGCCGCCCCGCCUGGGCUCGGAUUACAGCGUCGGGCGGCCGGUGAACGGCAUUCUCCUCCCCAAUGGCUUUCCCAAACCGGAGGAGCCGCCGGAGCUGAAUCGCCAGAGCCCCAAUCUUCGCAGGACUAGCGCAGUGCCGACCUCCCUGGGCGCUUUGAUGAAUGGAUCGCCGAUGGGAGCCCGGGCUCCUCCGCUGGGGAUCAGCGCCGCCUCUUUAGUAGCAGCAGCGGCCGCCACGACGUCCGGAGACGUGGGGACUAAGCGGCUAGGCUCUGUGUCCAGCAGCGAGCACGAUUCCAAGGAGAAGCACCGGGCGGAUAGUUACUCCGAGCUGGGGGAGAAUCACAAGGGGAGGGAAGAAUGGAUCAGCAAGCCCAAGACGGUCAGGGACACGCUUAUGGCCAUGCAGCACAAUCACUCGCCGUUCGAUACCAAAUUCAAAAAGGAUCCCGCUGCGGGGAGGUCUCUGGGCUUUGAUGCCAAUGGUGGGGGCAGCGGGGCUGGCUCCCGUGCUGCUCGGAAGCGAAAGACCUCUCCAGAGCCAGAAGGAGAAGGUGGUUCUGUUAAGAUAAAUGGUGAAGGACAGUCAUGGUUGCCAGGAGUGGAUGGUCUUAAGAUUUCUACAAUGACAGGUUCGACAGGUUCUUCAUUUAUAUCCCCACCUGCAACGGUUUCUCCUCAUUCCAACCGCACCACACCACCUGAAGCUGCACAAAAUGGCCAGUCUCCAAUGGCUGCUUUAAUACUGGUGGCUGAUAAUGCUGGUGGCAGCCAUGCCUCUAAAGAUGCAAACCAGGUUCACUCUACAACUAGGAGAAACAGUAACAGUCCACCCUCACCUUCCUCUAUGAACCAAAGAAGAAUGGCUCCAAGGGAAGUUCCAAGCCAACUGCCUGGUGGUGGAACAUCAUCCCAUACAGGAAUGGAACCGGUUCACCCCCAAAGCAUUCCUGAUUCUUCCAUACCAAACAGUAUACCACUGUGUUGCACUCUAUGCCAUGAGCGUCUUGAGGACACACAUUUUGUGCAGUGCCCUUCAGUACCUUCUCACAAAUUUUGCUUUCCUUGUUCAAGGCAAAGUAUUAAACAACAAGGAUCAUCAGGUGAAGUGUAUUGCCCAAGUGGGGAAAAAUGUCCCCUGGUGGGAUCAAAUGUACCAUGGGCAUUUAUGCAGGGAGAAAUUGCAACGAUUCUUGCUGGAGAUGUCAAAGUGAAAAAGGAGAGAGACUCUUGACUUAAUUAUUUUUAAUUUUGUUUGUUUUUUUUUGCUUUAUAGCCACCAUAAUCUUACUAAACUUCUUACAGUGUGUGUGUGUGUGUGAUAUGUAGGAAAUAUAUAUUUACACACAACGUGUAGACUGCUUAAACAUGGCUGUAUACUUCUUAAUUUCUGAAUACAUUUUUGUUAAAUUUUUGUUCCUUUCCUGAAAACAAAGGUAUGUAUUGAUCAGAAAGGUCUUCUUGUUAUAUUUGCAAGUGUUUGUUCUUAUACAGUGACAGUUACUGUUCAGUGUAGGCUGUGACUUGAGAUGCUUUUUAGAGCACUUGGAAAAACAGAUAUGCUUUUAGCUGUAUUUGUAUGCACUUGUUAAAAUGCCAAAUACAUUUUAUGACAUUGUAAAUUGUCUCUGGUUACUCAUUUUCUUUGAGAUUACGCUUUUUUUUAAUUGUAAAAUUUAUUGAUGUAAUUUGAACCACUGGGUGAU